UGCUGCUGGCCAAAACUGGGCCAAUGAGAGAAGGUGGUAAUGCCUCUGUGCUAACAUAUUUAAUAAGAAAAUCAAAACAAAGUCACAUGGUUUUUCUUCCAGUCAGAAAAGAGGAGGAGGUGAGAACAGACCUUGGGCACACCAAGGUCAGUGCAGAAGCAGGGGGAGGAGGUGCUCCAGGUGCCAGAGCCAAGAUUUCUCUGCAGGCCUCAUGGUGAUGGCCAUGGUGAAGCCGCUGUGACCCUGCAGCCCAUGGGGAUCCAUGGGGGAUACAGAAAUCCACUCACAGCCCAGGGAGGAGGUGCCCAUGCUGGAGCAAGUGGAUGCCUGGAGGCAGGGAUCCAGUGGAAGACCUGGUGGAGAGAGGAGCCCUUGCUUCCAGGCUGGAGCAGCCUGUCUUUGGAGGACUGCACGCCAUGAGAAGAGAGACCCAGGUCGCAGCAGUUUUGGGGGGUUGUGUGCCCAUGAAAGAGACUCAGCUGCAGCAGAUGAGGUUUGGCUGCUGCUCUUGAGAGCGGACCCACACCAGGGCAGUUCAUGGAGAAAUGUCUUGUGUGGGAGGAACCCCAUAGCCUCACAGGGGGAGGACACUCCUCUCCCUGAGCAGCAGAAGAAAAUCUUGGUGAUGAACUGACCAAAACCCCCCUGCCCUGUCUCCCUGUGCUGUCAGUGGGAAGGAGGAGAACCUGGAGUGAAAGUGUUUUAAGGGCUUAUUUUACUUCUCCUUAUCCACCUCUGAUUCUGUUUGUAAUAAACUCCUGAAGUUGAAGCCAUUUUGCCCUUAAACAUUUUCUUCCCAUGCUUAUCUCACUCGUGAGCCCUUUGUUAUUUUUUUUUUUUCCCUCUCCACUGCCCAGAUGUGGCAGGGGAGGGUCAGCAAGCAACUCUCAUGGGUGUCUGGUGUUGGGCCAGUGUAAAGCCUUGACAGUUGUUCAUACCCUGGUGUGAACUCAGUCUAAUUUUGAGAGCAAGACACCUCUGAAUGCUGGCAAACUCGUUCAUUCUCUUAAUGCUGUUAGAUUUCCUGUCAUCUUUCAAUCAGCUUCUACUGCUUUUCCCUUCAGAGGGUCUGUGUGUUAUGUUUUGGUGCAGGGAUUGAGAGACACAGACCAUACUAUGCAAGCAAAACCAUUUAUUACAGUAGUUCACCAGUAUUUAUAGGUCUCUAAGUUCUGUCCAAAAUUUUCCACUCGGACUCCUUUGCUCCUGUUCUGUUAGUAACACAAUCUUCUCAGUUAUCAUUCUUUCACCAGCAAUGUCCUUGUUACAUUCUUUUGCCAGAGCAGUCAGAGUGACCAGAUAGGAUGUCUUCACUUUUGUCCUUUCCUUGAGUUUCUCUCUCCUAGGGCCAGGAGGAUGACGGCACCACCCAGCUCAGCUUCUGUGGCUUUCUGAUCUUUCACAUCUCCCCCUUUUUUUGGUUUUUUGACUCUUAAGUAAUUUUGACUCUAUCAUUACAAAAAAGUUACUGGAAAUCUGUCAUACAACAGUUAAACAUGAAGGAACAACAUGCACAUAAAUAGCCGGUGAAGAGACCACAGCCUUACACUGAAGGCACCAUGCGAAUCCUUCUUCUCCUCCUGGCAGCUGCAGGGCUUUGUUGGGGGCAGUACAACCCCAACACUCUCCCAAAGAGAACUUCCAUUGUGCAUCUCUUUGAAUGGCGCUGGCAGGAUAUUGCUGAGGAGUGUGAACGCUACUUAGCUCCUAAUGGAUUUGGCGGAGUUCAGGUUUCACCUCCCAAUGAAAACAUUGUCAUUACUAACCCGAACAGACCCUGGUGGGAAAGAUACCAGCCCAUUAGCUACAAGAUCUGCUCUCGAUCAGGAAAUGAGGAGCAAUUCAAAGACAUGGUGAAGAGAUGCAACAAUGUUGGAGUUCGUAUCUAUGUGGAUGCUGUCGUCAACCAUAUGUGUGGGGCUGCAGGUGGCUCAGGCACACAUUCUACCUGUGGAAGCUAUUUUAAUGCUGGAAACAGAGAUUUUCCAGCUGUCCCAUACUCUGGCUGGGAUUUCAAUGAUGGCAAAUGUCACACUGGAAGUGGAGAAGUUGAAAAUUAUAAUGAUAUCUAUCAGGUCCGGGACUGCCGUGUGACCGGCCUUCUGGAUCUGGCCCUGGAGAAGGACUAUGUGCGCUCAGAGAUUGCACAGUACAUGAACCAUCUCAUUGACAUUGGUGUAGCAGGAUUCCGAAUUGAUGCUGCCAAGCACAUGUGGCCUGGGGACAUAAAAGCAUUUCUGGACAAGCUGCAUGAUCUGAACACUCAAUGGUUUUCUGCAGGAACUAGACCUUUAAUUUACCAGGAGGUAAUUGAUUUGGGUGGAGAGCCCAUCAAAGGCAGCGAGUACUUUGGAAAUGGCCGAGUGACAGAAUUCAAAUAUGGUGCCAAACUGGGAACAGUGCUCCGCAAGUGGGACGGAGAAAAGAUGGCCUACUUAAAGAACUGGGGAGAAGGCUGGGGCUUUGUGCCUUCCGACAGAGCCCUGGUCUUUGUGGAUAAUCACGACAAUCAGAGAGGACACGGGGCUGGUGGAGCUUCUAUUCUAACCUUCUGGGAUGCCAGGCUCUAUAAAAUGGCAGUUGGCUUCAUGCUUGCCCAUCCUUAUGGGCUCACACGUGUGAUGUCAAGUUUUCGCUGGCCAAGAUAUUUUCAAAAUGGAAAGGACGUCAAUGACUGGUAUGGACCCCCAAGUAACGCAGAUGGCUCCACAAAGGCCGUCACCAUCAACGCGGACACGACCUGUGGCAACGACUGGGUUUGUGAACAUCGCUGGCGUCAAAUCAGGAACAUGGUUAUCUUCCGUAACGUGGUGGAUGGUGAGCCUUUCUCCAACUGGUGGGACAAUGGCAGCAAUCAAGUGGCUUUUGGCCGUGGUAACAAAGGCUUCAUCAUCUUCAAUAAUGAUGACUGGAAUAUGAAUGUCAAUGUGCAAACUGGACUGCCUGCUGGUACCUACUGUGAUGUUAUUUCUGGACAAAAGGAGGACAACAGAUGUACUGGAAAGCAGGUGUAUGUUUCUGGUGAUGGAAAGGCUAAUUUCCAGAUUAAUACCGAUGCUGAAGAUCCAUUCAUUGCAAUUCAUGUUGAUGCCAAGUUAUAAUUUGGGAGAAAUAGCCUCCUCUCUUUGGUCUGCUUAUUACUGCUUCCCCCAUAUGUCAUUCCCUGCAUUUUGACCAUGAGUGGCUCUCUACUGAAUAAUAAAUGGCAUUCAAAUGAAAAAGUAAUUUUCUUCUCUUAAUGAAUUAGAUGUAACUUUAUCCCCUCAUAACUAGUGGCAAUGCAGUGGUAGGUUUUAAGGCAAUGCAGCACUCCAGUUCCUGUGUAACAAAAACUUUGGAGAGAAAAAAAAAAAAGAAUCCAAGCCAGCUGAAAUGGCUAAGCUAAAGUGCAGUAUUUCCAGAGCUGAUCCAUACACACACACUUGUGUCCCAGAGCAGCCCCCUUGUGGGCUGUCAGCUAUGAGCAGGGCCUAUGUACAGAGUUUAUCCCUUCCUUAUGACAAAUCAAGCCUGGGCUCUGGGUCACUGAAGGAAGCUGGGCUGUGCCAAUCAGUUAUUCCAGCCUGUGGUAUCAGUGAAACCAGCAGGUUACCAGGUUCACAGUCAGCUUGUGCUUGGACAAAGCAAAACCUGAGCUCUUGCAUAAUUUGCCCCAGUGGUUUGAGGCAAGCGAAUGCUCCCUGUGCGGGUGCUGAAGGUGUCUGUGAACAGGCAUUGCUUCCACCUUGUGCCACUGGCUGAGGCAUAGCAAAUUCCUGCCUCUGGUGUGUUAGGCACCCUUCUUCUCUAAUAUCUCAAAGAAAUAUGCAAACAGAGCACAGCUUUGGCAGCUUUGCCA